AUGUUCAGUACGAGUAUGGAUUCUGGAAGGGGUGUGGGUGGUGUUGUAGCAGGGACGGUGCUAGUUCCCAUGCGUUUCGUGUGGCCGUAUGGGGGCAGGAGCGUGUAUCUCAGUGGUUCCUUCACACGGUGGUCUGAGCUUCUGCAAAUGUCACCAGUUGAAGGUUGUCCAACUGUGUUUCAAGUAAUCCAUAGCUUGGCCCCUGGUUAUCAUCAGUACAAGUUUUUUGUUGAUGGAGAAUGGCGGCAUGAUGAGCACCAACCUUAUAUAUCUGGAGAAUAUGGGAUAGUCAACACUGUAUUAUUGCCUACUGAUCCUAAUUUUAUACCUGUUUUACCUCCCGACAUAGUUUCUGGGUCUAACAUGGAUGUGGAUAGUGAGACCUUUCGGCGUGUGGUCCGAUUGACAGAUGGUACAUUGAGUGAAUUGAUGCCGAGAGUAUCAGCGGUUGAUAUACAGACCUCACGCCAACGUAUUGCUGCAUACUUGUCAAUGCAAACAGCUUAUGAAUUACUUCCUGAGUCAGGCAAGGUUGUUACCUUGGAUGUUGAUCUGCCAGUGAAGCAAGCAUUUCACAUACUACAUGAGCAGGGAAUACCCAUGGCUCCUCUUUGGGAUUUCUGCAAGGGACAGUUUGUUGGUGUUCUCAGCGUUUUAGAUUUUAUUUUAAUUUUAAGAGAGCUCGGGAAUCAUGGGUCUAAUCUGACAGAAGAAGAGCUUGAAACACAUACCAUAUCAGCUUGGAAGGAAGGAAAAUGGACUGUAUUUUCAAGACGUUUCAUCCAUGCAGGGCCAUAUGAUAAUUUGAAAGAUAUUGCUCUGAAGAUUCUGCAAAAUGGAAUUUCAACAAUUCCUGUUAUUGAUUCAUCUUCUGAAGAUGGUUCAUUUCCACAACUACUGCAUCUUGCUUCACUUUCGGGGAUUCUUAGAUGCAUUUGCAGGUAUUUUAGGAAUUGUUCUAGUUCAUUGCCUAUACUUCAGCUUCCAAUUUGUGCAAUUCCUGUGGGCACAUGGGUGCCCAAAAUUGGGGAGUCAAAUCGCCGGCAUCUAGCAAUGUUGAGACCAAAUGCUUCUCUUACUUCAGCCCUAAACUUACUAGUUCAAGAUCAAGUAAGUUCAAUACCAAUAGUUGAUGAUAGUGACUCUUUACUGGAUAUAUAUUGCCGGAGUGAUAUAACAGCUUUGGCAAAGGACAGAGCUUAUACACGCAUUAAUCUCGACGAGAUGACCGUUCAUCAAGCAUUGCAGUUGGGCCAGGAUGCUUUUAAUCCGAAUGAGUCGAGAAGUCAAAGAUGUCAGAUGUGUUUGCGAACGGAUUCUUUGCAUAAAGUGAUGGAUCGUUUGUCAAAACCAGGUGUCCGGCGGCUUGUUAUUGUUGAAGCUGGCAGCAAGCGCGUAGAAGGCAUCAUAUCACUGACCGACAUAUUUAAGUAUUUGCUUUGUUAG